UGAAACGCAUCCACUACCGUAUACGACCAGCUAAAAAAAAAGCCAAAAUAUAAACCUGCUUUGUUUUCUUUUAGUUGCGUUUUUAUUAUCAUUUUUUUUUAUUGAAAGAACUGCCACAUGUUCUAUUCUGAGGCGAUUCUUUCUAAGAAGGGCCCUUUAGCAAAAGUAUGGCUGGCUGCUCAUUGGGAAAAGAAACUGUCCAAAGUCCAAACCUUACAUACGGACAUCGAACAAAGUGUACAUGCCAUCGUCACGGAAGAAACAGCACCGAUGGCUUUGCGUCUUUCGGGACAGCUUAUGCUUGGUGUCGUUCGUAUUUACUCGAGGAAAGCCAGGUAUUUGUUGGAAGAUUGUAAUGAAGCUCUCUUGAGACUUAAAAUGACUUUUCGCCCUGGACAAGCUGAACAAAUUAAUGCUCCUUCGGUUACCUCUAUAAGAGGAAAAGAUGCUAUGGCUCAAAGUGCCAAUUUAACCCUUCCUGAUACCAUUACGGAGUUUGACCUCUUGGCUCCAGAUAGCUCUUUUGACAUGCAAUGGUCUCAACUUAUUCAAACACCCAAGUCGCGUUCCUUUGAAUUACAUAGUCUUCCUAGCUCAUCUUCUCCUUCUAUUUACUCUACUGAUCAUUCAAUUGAAGCAGCACGAAACGCUACUCCUCAUGAGGCGAACCUUUUCUCUGAUCCUUUGCAACUCAACAGUAUGGAUAUGCAGUUCCAGUUACCGAUAUUUCAGUCAGGUGCUGGUACACCUAGAAGCGAGCAUUCUAUAGAAGUAGGAAGAGAUGCUCCUCAUGAUCCUACCGGUGCUGCUGACCUUAGCGCGCUUGUUGGAUCACAAGGUGGAAAAUCACCUGCAUCUUCCGCUAGAAGUUUUGGGACCCCAAGCCUACUUCCCGUCGGAAAUAAUUCUUUGGAUAAUGAGUUGUUAGCCCCCGUUGAUGACUUACAAUUGGAUCUCGGUUUGGACGAUCUCAUGGAUGAUACCACAGUUCCCCCGCAAAUACCAGCUGAAGAGCACGAAGAAAUUUCUAAUAUUCAAAUUCCCUCUGAUCAUCUUGAACAGGCAUCAUCUCCACAAGAGGACGUUCAUGAAGUCGUACCCGACAUUACCGACCACCAACUCUCAGUUCCUCGCGUACCGCGCCGUCAACGUGCCGUCAUUGAUCCAGUUACCGAGUUAUCUUCUCGACAAAUGAAAAAGCAACUAUCUGAUACUUCCUCUAUUACAGCACCUCUUUGUUUGAACACCAAUCCAGUCGUAUUAAAUGCUACGGUUAACUUCAUGCGCAAUGGGAAUAUGCAAACUUCUUUAUCGUCCUCCAAUUUAAACCCUCAUUUAGCUGAAAUUUUCAGAAUGGACUUCUUGAAGAAGCUUCAAGAAGAUGUUAAAAAACGUAAAUUAUCACCCGGAAUUGAAGAAGAGGAAGUAACUAAGCAUCAAAAAACAGAUGACGCACCACAAGAAGAACAAGAGGUUUCAGGAAUUCGCGAAGAGCCUGAAGCAGAGCAAAGUUUAGCUGAAAUGUCUCCAUUGGAUACCCCUUUUCCUAAUGAUGAGGAAGUAGAGCCAGCAACUGAAAUCCCUUCAGUUCCGCCAGCGGAAGUCAAUAUAGACGAAGAUUCUAUGAUAGGUGCUCCGCCCGUUAUGCUCGAUGAUAAUGAGUGGGAUGUUACUAAUGGUCUUAACGAAGCUGCGUCAUAUGACUCUAUGCCUAGCACGCAAGUUGCUAAAGACUUUGUUCAUUCAAGAUGGACCCCCCGUGUACGAGGAGAGCAAGCUUCAUUUAAGGACUUGAGUGGAAACGCGAAGCGUGAUGAUGCCGUUCAGCUGUUUUUUGAUGUAUUAGUAUUAGCAACAAAGGAUGCGAUAUCAGUAAAACAAGACGAAUCUUCCGAAGGUGACAUUAUUCUUACUGCUAAACAAAAAAUGUUAUUUAAUUCUCUUUAAGAGGAGUAAAGUGAAGGUUCUAAUUUUUGGCAAAUUACGAGGAUAAUCUACAUUUUUAAUUGCAUAUAUGUCAUAAUCAAAAGGUCCUCUGCUUUUUGCUAGUUUGAUUUAUCCUUCCUGACAAUUGUAUCUUCAGCUAUUCAGGCGUUCGGUGCAUACAUCGUGUACAACUUGUUUGUUUUUAAAUAUUUUCAACGACGUGUAUUAUAUUUUUGAUAAGGGACUUAUAUCUUUUUGGUAAUAACGAAUUUUUAUGUUGGAUUAAUAAAUAUAACUUAAUUCCUUU